AUGGAAGAUAUUACUCUUCUUAUGUUCAUGAUUUGCUCUUCUCUCAUACUAUUUCCAUCUGCAGCUGUAGAACUUUGCAAUUACACCAUUGAAUUUUAUGAUUUCUCAACCGGUCUUCGUAUCAGCUGCAAUGAACAGAGUGCUUCAGUCAAGCUCUCAAAUCUCAAUGGCGACUCUGCCCAAGUCACUGGCUUGAAAGGCGAUUCUUGUGGAGGGAAUUCUGCAACAGUCAUGGCACCUUGUGACUACUGCAUUAUCACUAUAAACGUCUCCCCUCAAAGAAUGGUUCCAGGCUUGGUGAUGGUUUCUCGUGAAGGAAUGUUGGAAAAUGAGUACUUCUUCCGUUUUUCAAGUGAAGUGCUCACUGAGUGUCCCGGUUUCAACGUCGCUAGUGAUUUUGCCAUUGGCUUCAAUCGGCAGUUUUUCCUCUUUCCAACAACAUGCAUGUACAAUUCAAGAUCAAAUUUCCUGAUGUGUCCUGGUUGCUCAGCUUCGGGGACGUGCUCAUAUUCCAUCAAGCUGGAUGCCCAGACAUUGUUCCUAUGUGUCACAAGUCAGAAGAUUGAGGUGUCAAUCUACAACGAUUACGAUAGAAAUGUUGGGCGGGGAUCUGGGGAGUCUGCAGCUUUUGUAGCAUCUCGCAGUGACUUUGAGCAAGGAAUCACUGUCAUUGGGCGAUGCGUGGAUUUUUGUGCAGUCGGGGUUCAGAUAUAUGAUACAAGUUGCUCAUAUCAAGUGAAUCAGGUGAAUGUUAUGGGUUCAAACAACAUCUCUCGUACUUUCCAGGUUGGUGCAACCUUAAGCCCAAACCAAAUCAUCUUCCAGAGGAACUAUGCUUCAGUAUACAGAACUCAGUGCAAUCGGCCUAAUCCAUACCCCAUCAUGAUUGGUGGAACAACUGUACUCGUUCCAAGGGCCUGUGAAACUAACUUCACUGCUACACCAACUAGAAUCACAUGUCCAUGCUAAGGAAACUUAAGCAUGGAAAUAAUAAAAAUAAUGGGGGCCAGUCCUACGAAGACAGUCAGACCUGAAUUUCAGUAUAAUGUUGAGUAUUUAGGUCCUCCUAGUGUUGUGGAGUGGACACAUCAGCUAGUUAAGAGUUGUGACCUUUCGUUCAUUGCUGAAUAUACUUAUUAUAAUGCAUCAGAGACUUCUUCCAGAA